GGAUUUCGUGUUAAAUAUUCAAAAUGGCGGACGGAGGAGCAGCGAGUCAAGAUGAGAGUUCAGGACCAGAUUCUAGAAUGAGUAAUGCGUCAGAAACGAGUAAAUGUGGAAUGGAGAGUGGGGACGGAAACACAGAAAUCCAAACGAAUGGACUGGACUUUCAGAGGCAGACGGUUCAGACCACAAGCGCAAUCACCAACGCACACACACAGGCUCUCCUCCAACAGAUUCCCUCUGGUUCUACCCAUCUUCCAGGCCAGCUAAGCCAGCUGGGAUACCCCUAUGAGAUGGCGACCUUCAGCAGUUACCUACCUCAGUUACAACAGCUGCAGCAGCAGAACCUGACCAUGCCCCAGUUUGUCCUGGUUCAGCCUGGCCACCACAUCGCCACCCAGCUGCAGCCUGGCCAGUUCAUCAUCUCACAGUCGCCGCAGGGCCAGCAGAGUCUCCUGCAAGGCCAGAGUCUUCUAACUCAACUACCUCAAAGCCAAGCCAACCUCCUGCAGACUCAUCCCAGCAUCACGCUCGCCACACAGCCAGCGACUCCGACCCGCACGAUAGCAGCKACGCCCAUCCAGCCUCUGUCCCACAGCCAGACCUCGCCCCCUAAACGCCUGGCCACGCCCAGUCUGGAGGAGCCCAGUGACCUGGAYGAGRUGGAACAGUUUGCCAAGACCUUCAAACAGAGACGCAUCAAACUGGGCUUCACACAGGGAGAUGUUGGCCUGGCCAUGGGCAAGCUGUACGGUAACGACUUCAGCCAGACCACCAUCUCCCGCUUCGAGGCCUUGAACCUGAGCUUUAAGAACAUGUGCAAGCUGAAGCCACUGCUGGAGAAGUGGCUCAACGAUGCAGACAACCUGUCGUCUGACCAGGCCCUGUCRAGCCCCAGCGCCCUGGGCUCCCCUGGCCUGGGUAUGGAGGGGCUGAACCGCCGACGCAAGAAGAGGACCAGCAURGAGACCAACAUCCGCUUGGCCUUAGAAAAGAGAUUUCUGGAACAGAACCAAAAACCUACCUCUGAGGAGAUCACCAUAAUUGCUGACCAGCUCAACAUGGAGAAGGAGGUGAUCCGGGUUUGGUUCUGUAACCGCAGGCAGAAAGAGAAGAGAAUCAACCCCCCCAGCGGUGGAUACAGCAACACAGGGACAGGCAGCAGCCCCAUCAAAACCAUCUUCACCCCUACGAUCCCCCUGGUGGCCAGUACGGCCAGCCUUGUGACCAGUAACACACCGACCACACUGACUGUAAACCCAGUGAUGCCUCUCAACAGCACCAGCGUGUCUGCCCUGACCUUCACAGGCACGACCAUAGGAGCGACCACAAACACGGCAUCCGUCAUCUCCACUGCACCUAUGGUUACUGCGGUGACCAGCUCCCCAUCGCUAAGCCCCUCCCCCACGGCGGGGACGGGCGGAACCCAGGAGCACACGGUGGUCACGCAGGCACCGUCGUCCCUAGCGACCACUCUGGGGACGGGUCAGGUGAUGGUGGCUGGACUGGGCCUGUCGGCCGCCCUGCAAGGCGCCGCCCAGUUACCCACCAGCGCUAGUUUCGCUGCCAUGGCCGGGCUUAACCAAGGACUUAUGGCGUCAUCGCAGUUCACUCCUGGGGGGGCCUUGUUGAGCUUGGCUCCAGGGGGGCUGGGAGGGGCUCUGAACACRGCCAUGUUGAGCAACAGCACCCUAGCCACCAUCCAAGCUCUGGCAUCAGGCGGCGCUCUCCCCAUCACCUCGCUGGACGGGAGCGGUAACCUGCUGUUCGCCAACACCUCCGCCGGCAGCACCCCCAACCUGAUGCAACCCCUCUUCCUGAACCCCCAGAACCUGUCCCUGCUCACCACCAACCCUGUCAACCUGGUGUCAGCCGGAGCUGCUGGGGGCGGGGCCCUGCAGGUCUCAGCUGACCACCAGGUCACCACGGCGACUGUACCAGUUCCCGCUUCCACCAUCACCACUGCCUCCAGGACCCAGUGAAGCUGGAGGCCUCAAAUGGAACCCUAUGCCCUAUUUAGUGCACUACUCUUGGUUAAAUGUAGRGUACGAUAUGUCUGGCUCUGGCCAUAUUAGGGCACUAUAUGGGGGAAUAGGGCUGUUGUUUGGGAUUUGGCCUUAGACUAAUGGCUCUACCCACCUGUUCCUCCUCUUCCUUCCUCCUCUUCGUCAUCUGUCAUUAUUUAAAUAUUUUGCUGCCACCAAAAAGAAACCCUCUGUGAAGCGGGUUGGAAUAUUUUWMUUUUYUUUUUAAUGUUGGUCUUUUUUUCAUUCUCUCUUCCCUAGUACUCCAAAAAUGAUGUUUUUGUCGUUGGACGCGGCGGGUCACACAGGAGGACUGGGGCGGCCAUUUUAUGAGGCAUGAUCAUCUUGAACUCUAUGGUUUGUGCUCCUUGUGUGACCCCUGACCAACGUCUUGGGAGAGUAAAUAACAGAGAAGACCCACCUUUUCUACUCCGUCACCUUUUUCACAAGUAGAGAUCUUUCUCUUCCCUGUUCAGAACUUCUUCUGAAGUACUUCUAACCAAAAAUGUGUGAUUUUACUUUUAAAAUUUUUAUUCUAACAAAAAUGAUUUACUACUAAGUUCACAAUCUACAUCAUCACUAAAAGGGGGGUUUGUGCGUCUCCCCUGUCUAGGUUGAGUUUAUUUAGUGUCAGAGGCUCUGUUGGAAAGGCCUCAGCACGAAUAUCAAAGUUUUAUUUUCGAGGCGUUCUCGUUUUAGUUUGUUUUCUCUUGUUUUUAUGUGAGUGGACAUUUUCAGAACUUUACGUCUAACAUUAAGUUUUAUCUGCUAUAUAUAUAAUUGGUUUUAUCGUGGUUAUAAGGCUUUAGAAAUCUCGUAAUAAUAAGUGGCUGAUAUAACGGUUAUCGUUGCUUUAAGGAACAGGGUUAGCUGCGUGGUCUCUCUCUGGUCCUCUCUGUCUGGUAACACUGAGUUUGACAUUUCGCAGUAGCCCAGUGGCCAUGGAGCAUUUGUAAAUGGUAGUCUAGGUGCGGACCAUAGACACUGAUAUAAGAAAUGAUAACGCUUAGAGCUUUAACCCGGGUUACAUAUGGACCCAUGUCUGUGGGGUGUCGGGGUGGUGGUUGUGUGUUGUGGGGAUCAUGGCGGGGGGGUUCAGGGUUCACAGUUCAGGGGUCAGGCAGUAUAGGGGCUAAGUGGUUUUCUUGUGACCUUUACAGCUCAGGCAAAUACAGACGCCUCGGUUAGCUGUAUGAUACAUGGAGUUCUGUGACUGAGUGUUCUCUGACGGUCUGUCUGUAUGGUUGCCAUGCCAACUGGAUGAUGUUGGUGUGCGGUAGAUGGAGACGUUGUGUAUUUUUGCUCAGAUACUUUUCAUUUUUUUAAUGCCAUUGUUUUUUUAAUGCCACCAAUGAACUGCAGUCUGCCUGUUUUGAAAGACUUAAACAUUCUGUCACGUUUUUUAACAUGUUUUAUGGUCCAUUAUUUCUGCAGUCUUUCGACUGGCUUACUUCAAGAUAUACCAAAAAUAUUUGUUAAAACUAGUGCUGUUUAUUGUCAGUGUAGCUUAGCCUAGUCCUAAUAUUUAUGAGUACAAACUCUCUCUCUCUCUACACAACAGGAGAUGAAAAUGCAAUAUGUUGAUGAUCACUUUCCAAAGACAAACUUAUUUUUAAAUUUGACUAUGGCUCUCCCUGCUCAGCUUUAAAGUAGCAGGGCAAAUAACCAAAAAGAAKGGUAUGGGAAGACGGGAGGUCAGGUGUCGUGUCUCCCUGUAUAAWGUUCAUAUAUUUGAGGYYUGUUUAGGUUUGAAUGGUAGUGGUUAUAUGAUAUCAAUGGUUGCUUAUCCUCAAGGCUCGGUCCCGUUUCUCUACAUGUUUCCCUCUAUGAUGAUAUGGCAGACUGUCCUGAUGCUUUCUAGACUGGCAUAUCCGCUUGGGCAACAGUUUGGACUGUAGUCAGGCUUUCAAUAGUCGGGUAAGGGCUGUCCAUUUGAGUUUUUCUACUAAUCCUCAGCCAUGAAAUAAAAAGCUUGAACCAAAGUCGUUUUAUCACUAGCUGCUGUGCCUGUGUGAGCCAGCAAGUGCUGUUCACACGAUCACUAUCUUARAUAAUAUUACUACUGACAAGUUUUCUCCUCUUAAACCCACCUGUGUGCAUCCCCCACCUCUAACCCGCUUCUAAGGAACAAGGAUAUUUUAGCUUUAAUGACCAGCUGCUUUAACUUAGAAUGGAGGCAAACGUUCUGCGUGUUUUCUUCUAGCUUUGUGACCAUAUCCUGUUAGCAGGUCUCGGUUUCCUGUGGUUGAAGCCUUCUCUCCUUCCCCUCAAUGUCCAACUAGCUUUACUACGGSGAGCUCAUCCACUGGCAGCACCAGUAAAGACGUUUCGGACCUACCAAGAUCCUGACCUGUAACCAAGCAGCGUAGCCUCUGUGCUGCCCUUAUCGAACUGCCCCUUUUCGUAACAACAACACCACACAACAGUAGUGUUGUGCUAUUGGCCCUAACAUAACCAGAUUAAUGACUGCCUAGUUUGAAAGCAGAGAAUUCGCUCCARGCUGUUCAGUUUUUAUGUGCUCCUUUUUCACCCGUGAAUUACUUUGACUAAAUACCUCAGCAGCACWUAAACAUUAGGUUCUCUAAGAAAUCUGACACCCGCUGAAUAUUGUAGAAUGUACAAGAACUGUAAUGGCUGAAUUGUACAAGAUGGCAAAAAAGAGUCAUCGUUAUCUCAAACUAGGACAAACUACUACUGCUAUUUUCUAGUACUACUACUUAUGGGUAUUUCCAGGUUUMAACAGUUUAACAUUAUUUUGUGAUCCUUCUUGCCAAAGCAAAGCGAAAGCCUUUCUCUCUGCGGCUGGGUUGAUGUCUCCAUGCUGCUCACUUGGCUGGUGUUCUGUCCGAAUGGGACUUGUCGUUCUAUUUGUAGUCCUGUUUGUAGUCACUCACCAGUCGUGAWGUGCGGUAGCUAGGUGAACCAGUGUCCAUUGGCACCAUUGGAAGUUAAUGAAAUAUUUAUCUGCGGAGCGACUAAAGGAUAAGAGAAAAAAAGCUUUUUUUUCUCUUCUUAAUUCUAUACAUAUAUAUACACAACACAUGUAAGAUAUUCAUAUUUUAUAUUUGAACUAGUAUGUUAUCAAGACUGAAUGUAGUGUUUUGUCAUGCUUAUAUUCAAAAGAKYAAAAAAAAUAUUUMUAUUAAUCAUAMCAAUUUUGAAAAACUUUCAAGACCAAAAACUUAGACCGCGCCCCCUUGGUGCAUGAAUCGCAGACACCUGUAGCCAUCACGUGUGGGUGUGGUCUGUUGAGUGGGAGGGGCUUGCUCUGGUGUUCCUAUUGGACAGUCUCUGUUUGUGCUGUUGCUAGGGAAACGGACUCUGAAGCGCCUAAUCUUAAUCUUUCAUUGUCUUUUUUGUCUGUGUGUUUGGUUUACUAUGGACUUGAUUUGCUGUGCUGUUUUUAACAAUCGUUAGAUUUUUUUUUAAUUACGUUUGCCUUUAAUUGUUUUGUAUAGCACGAGAGGGCAAGAUCACUGGCUUCCUUAGUUUGACAAAAUAUGAAAAUUAUAAUUUACGCCUUAUCGUUAUUUAGAAGACAAAAGCAUUGUAGCAUAUGUUUGUGUGAGAMUAAUCUAGUGAGAGAGGCUGCCUCCUCGCUAUUUUUUGUGUUUAGCUAGCCUACUCAGUGCAUAGUUCUUGGGCUUGUGCUGUUCUGGCACAGUUAUGUUGCUACCUAUGACUUUAGGGGUGACUCAUGCAGGUGGGAAUACCUGUAGGAAAAGCUUUACUAAUAACUGAACUCCAGCAGGGGGGGAGGGGGGGUGGUGUGUGUGUGUGUGUGUGUGUGUGUGAGAAAGGAAGGAAGAGAGAAGGGAGAGCUGACUGCAGACCACAACGGUGCAUUUGUUCUCAGUUUACAGAUAAAGUAUAAUGAUAAGAGCAUUGAAGGAAGAUGGGAAUAUGGAACAGUAACUGAAGUGUCUCAGUGAUCCAUUGCCUGUGAUGGAGGCUGAUACAGGAUCUUUGUUGGUAUGCGAUGGUGCACCAGUGAAUCCUCUGGUUUGCUAUAUUUAAUUAUAACCUGUUGUGAUGGCUCAGUGGAUCCUUCAAACAUACAGGAUCUUUGUGCGUUAGUGGGGAUCCCCUUUGAUACAGUUUUAUUGUGUUUGGUGCAGUUGUGGAUCUGGAUGUCUCUCAGGUUUGUCUGAUGCUCUAGAAGUGGUUCUGUGUUGAUGUAUGUGGCGCAGUGGUUCUGUGUGGUYGGUGUAAAGGUUUUGUAAAGGGAGAGGGCAGCGAGACACCAGGAAGUCUGGGGUAACUAGCUUGGUUAAGGGAGCUGCUGUAUACCUCAUUUCUAUCURGAGACUGAGUGAAACUUGCUUUAAUCUACUUUAGUAAAGAAAAAUAUUAAACUUAAGAAAAAAAAACAUAAACAACACCAAAAACACAUUGUCCUAUCAGAGAAGCUCACAAAUGUCUGUUUUAAGAGUACAGKGUGUCAUGACAGCUGCUGCCACCGGGGGGAGACAGGACACACUCCAGCACUCAAGAAUGUCUGCUUCUCUUAAUUUUUUAGACGAAGAGCAUCAUCAUCAUCAUCGCUCACGCUAAACACACAGCGACCUCUCGCACCUCCACCUCCUAUUAUAAUGCUGAAAGUAUACUCACAUUUCAGUUUUUAGUAGUAUGUACUUGAUUUAUCCCACUCCUAUUCUGUUUUCUAUGAUUUGACAAUCCUGUCCUUUUUAUAUUUUUAUUUAGAUUGUAAAUGUAGAUGUUGGUGUGUGUCUACUCACCUGGUGGCACGCUGCCUCGCUGCACUCUCUUUCCUGUGGUAAUGUUAACCAAAGACUUCCAAAGUGAUUGUAUAUGGACUACACCAUCUCUCACCCCUCUCCGCCUCAUCAUCCCACGAGAAAAGACAUGCAGCUGUGCUCACACACYUUCUUCCCUGAGCACCUGUAAUGACGAUACGCCUGUAUGGCAGAGCUGUGUGUGUGUGCGCGCCACGGACACAACAGGCACCUGUAGCAGMGCCUGUGGGUGAGGAUAGGUAGAGUUUGGAGGGGCAAAGUGAGGUUCUCUGAUAGACAGAUCAAUUAUCCAAUCCCGUGAUGGCUGGGMGAUGUUUGUUAAUACACAUUGAGGGUGCAUCCUGUGCACGCUGUAAAGGCUCAGGAGUCACUGUUUCUGUCCCUCUGUCUGUCUGUCUCCGGGACUGUUGCUAGGACACACCUUUUCRGUCUCAAAGACUGUCACAAAAAUACACUGUUUCUGCUUCUUGGAUACAGUGCGUCUGUCUGGCUCCCUAUCUGUGUAUUGUAGUUGCCAGGAUACAUUGUCUCUAGGAUACAAAUUCUCUGCUUCUUUCUCUCUGUCUCACCACUGUUUUCUUUCUUUCUCUGUGMCUCUCUCUUGCUUCUCUCUCCCGCUGUGACACUAUGCAUCAUGGUCCUUCACUCUACAUGGCCUGUGUCUGAUUGACUAAGCUCUUUGGUCAAUGGAGUCCCAGGGAAACAUUUUAUGAUGCUUUAUUCCAAGCGGGGGAGUUGUAGGAUCUCACAAGCGCUAUCCCAAAGCAAAAAAUAUCCCAAAAAUUUAAUGUUUGACAAACGCAGAUACCAAAGAUAACUCUCUCUGUCCUGUCACACUCUCUCUCUCUCUCUCUCUCUCUCUUCCUCUUUCUCUCACCCUGCAGCUUGUGUAUUAAGAGAUAACCCAGCACUGGCUUUAGCCCUAGCCCCAGUAAUUCCAAAGCUUAGAUGUAUAUUUUGGUAUAUUUCUGAGAAAUCUAAAUGGGAAAAAAGUCUGUUUUUAAACAACAAUCUUGUCUGUUUGGUGUAUCGAUCUUUUUCUGUCACAGCAUGGAACUAAUUGCAGAAUUGUUUUACUCUUGGUAGAUUAAAUAUAUAUAGUAUUUUUGUAUGUUUUGGGGUGUGUAAAAAACAUUCUGUGUGUGAUUAUAUCAGUUAACACGGCCCAAGUGUCCAUGGUUAAAAAAAAAAAAACAAGCAGGAA